AGUCUUGUUUCAUCCUAAUGUCCGAGACGGAGAAGGAGGAAACAGAGGAAAAGAAAGUAGAAGAGACGGAUGAGGGCAAACCGACGGCCACCAAGCAGUAAUCAUUGGGACGUGCCUGGGAGGGUUCGCUUUAUCAUAGGGACUUACCGGGAGGACUAACUGUAGCGGAUUUCGAGUCAGGCUCAUUCUAACGAUACGUUGUAGUUUUCUUCCGUAUAGUACGUGUGGGAACGAUUACUUCUCGCAGUACUCUAUCACCUGUUUCUCGAGGUACAAAGUUUUCGUGGGUAAUAUGUCAUAUAAUACUACCCAGGAUGCCCUCAAGCAUUUCUUCAAAUGUGUUAAGGAUGAACUAUCAUCGAUUCGACUCCUCACCGAUAAGAAGAGCAAUCAAUCGAGGGGCUGUGCGUUCGUUGAGUUCAGUGGCCCUGGGGCAAUGAAGAAGGCCCUUGCCAUGACCGGUAGCGAACUGAAUGGACGCAAGUUGAGGAUAGAGCCCUCGGCUGCUGGCGGUGGAAAAAGUACUAAGAGAAUGCAACGUAUAAAUCGGAAUAAGAAAGUUGUCGAGCGCGAGAUCAAAAAGAAGAGAAAAGUGUGGGCAGCCAAGAAGAAGACUGAGAAAGAAUCUGCAGAUGUUCAUAAAACUUCAACGUAAUCACCUGUUUCUUCA